GGCAGUCCCAUGGACCCAAUGGUGAUGAAGAGACCUCAGUUGUAUGGGAUGGGCACCCACCCCCACUCCCAGCCGCAGCAGAGCAGUCCAUACCCAGGAGGCUCCUAUGGUCCCCCAGGAGCACAGCGCUAUCCCCUUGGCAUGCAGGGCCGGGCUCCUGGGGCCCUGGGAGGCUUGCAGUACCCACAGCAGCAGGACAUGUCUCAGGAAGGCUAUGGAACUAGAUCUCAGCCUCCUCUGGCCCCUGGAAAGUCCAACCAUGAAGACUUGAACUUAAUACAACAGGAGAGACCAUCGAGUUUACCAGUUGAAGUCUUGGCCUCGGAGGAUGCAGCCUUUGGACUCAAGGACCUGUCUGGCUCCAUUGAUGACCUCCCCACAGGAACGGAAGCAACUCUGAGCUCAGCAGUCAGUGCUUCAGGCUCUACUAGCAGCCAGGGGGAUCAGAGCAACCCAGCUCAGUCACCUUUCUCCCCACAUGCAUCGCCCCAUCUCUCCAGCAUCCCUGGAGGGCCUUCUCCUUCUCCUGUUGGCUCUCCGGUGGGAAGCAGCCAAUCGCGGUCUGGUCCGAUUUCCCCUGCAAGUAUUCCAGGCAGCCAGAUGCCUCCUCAACCACCUGGGAGCCAGUCAGAAUCCAGUUCCCACCCUGCCUUGAGCCAGUCACCAAUGCCACAGGAAAGAGGCUUCAUGGCGGGCACACAGAGAAACCCUCAGAUGUCUCAGUACGGACCUCAGCAAACAGGACCAUCAAUGUCACCUCACCCUUCUCCUGGGGGCCAGAUGCAUCCCGGACUCAGUAACUUUCAGCAGAGCAACUCAAGUGGCACUUACGGCCCACAAAUGAGCCAGUAUGGACCCCAAGGCAACUACUCCAGAACCCCAUCGUAUAGUGGGGUACCCAGUGCAAGCUACAGUGGCCCAGGGCCUGGUAUGAGCAUCAAUGCCAACAACCAGAUGCAUGGACAAGGGCCAACCCAGCCAUGUGGUGCUAUGCCCCUGGGACGAAUGCCCUCAGCUGGGAUGCAGAACAGACCAUUUCCCGGAAACAUGAGCAACGUCACCCCCAGUUCUCCUGGCAUGUCUCAGCAGGGAGGACCAGGAAUGGGCCCACCAAUGCCCACUGUGAACCGGAAGGCCCAGGAAGCCGCUGCAGCCGUGAUGCAGGCUGCCGCAAACUCGGCACAGAGCAGGCAAGGCAGUUUUCCUGGCAUGAACCAGAGUGGACUCAUGGCCUCCAGCUCUCCCUACAGUCAGCCCAUGAACAACAGCUCUGGCCUGAUGAACACACAGGCCCAGCCCUACAGCAUGACACCCACAAUGGUGAACAGCUCCACAGCAUCUAUGGGUCUUGCAGAUAUGAUGUCUCCCAGUGAAUCCAAACUCUCCGUGCCUCUCAAAGCAGAUGGUAAAGAAGAAGGCGUGCCGCAGCCUGAGAGCAAGUCAAAGGAUAGCUACAGCUCUCAGGGUAUUUCUCAGCCCCCAACUCCAGGCAACCUGCCAGUCCCUUCCCCAAUGUCCCCCAGCUCUGCCAGCAUCUCCUCCUUUCAUGGCGAUGAGAGCGAUAGCAUCAGCAGCCCAGGCUGGCCCAAGACUCCAUCAAGUCCUAAGUCUAGCUCAUCCUCCACCACCGGGGAGAAGAUCACAAAGGUCUAUGAGCUGGGGAACGAGCCGGAGAGGAAGCUGUGGGUGGACCGCUACCUGACGUUCAUGGAAGAGCGGGGCUCCCCGGUGUCCAGUCUGCCUGCGGUGGGCAAGAAGCCCCUGGACCUGUUCCGACUCUAUGUCUGUGUCAAAGAGAUUGGCGGCUUGGCCCAGGUUAAUAAAAACAAGAAGUGGCGUGAACUGGCAACCAACCUAAACGUUGGCACUUCAAGCAGCGCAGCCAGCUCCCUGAAAAAGCAGUAUAUUCAGUACCUGUUUGCCUUCGAGUGCAAAAUUGAGCGUGGGGAGGAGCCCCCACCAGAAGUCUUCAGCACCGGGGAUGCAAAGAAGCAGCCCAAGCUCCAGCCGCCAUCUCCUGCUAACUCAGGAUCAUUACAAGGCCCACAGACUCCACAGUCAACCGGCAGCAAUUCAAUGGCAGAGGUACCAGGUGAUCUGAAACCACCGACCCCAGCCUCUACCCCUCAUGGACAGAUGACACCCAUGCAAAGUGGAAGAAGCAGUACAGUCAGUGUGCACGACCCAUUCUCAGAUGUGAGUGAUUCCUCGUCGUACCCAAAAAGGAACUCCAUGACUCCAAAUGCCCCGUACCAGCAGGGCAUGAGCAUGCCAGACAUGAUGGGCAGGAUGCCCUAUGAACCCAACAAGGACCCUUUCAGCGGAAUGAGAAAAGUGCCUGGAAGUAGCGAGCCCUUUAUGACACAAGGACAGAUGCCCAACAGCAGUAUGCAGGACAUGUACAACCAGAGUCCCUCGAGCGCCAUGUCCAAUCUGGGCAUGGGACAGCGGCAGCAGUUUCCCUAUGGAGCCAGUUAUGACCGAAGGCAUGAGGCUUAUGGGCAGCAGUACCCAGGCCAAGGUCCUCCCACAGGACAGCCACCGUAUGGAGGACACCAGCCUGGCCUGUACCCACAGCAGCCGAAUUACAAACGCCAUAUGGAUGGCAUGUACGGGCCCCCAGCCAAGCGCCACGAGGGAGACAUGUACAGCAUGCAGUACGGCAGCCAGCAGCAGGAGAUGUACAACCAGUAUGGCGGCUCCUACCCCGGCCCGGACAGGAGGCCCAUCCAGGGACAAUAUCCAUACCCCUACAACAGAGAGAGGGUGCAGGGCCCGGGCCAGAUGCAGCCACAUGGAAUCCCACCUCAGAUGAUGGGUGGCCCCAUGCAGUCUUCCUCCAGCGAGGGGCCUCAGCAGAACAUGUGGGCAACACGCAACGAUAUGCCUUAUCCCUACCAGAACAGGCAAGGCCCAGGCGUCCCUGCACAGGCACCCCCCUACCCAGGCAUGAACCGCACGGAGGAUAUGAUGGUACCUGAUCAGAGGAUCAAUCACGAGAGCCAGUGGUCUUCUCACGUCAGCCAGCGCCAGCCUUACAUGUCAUCUUCGGCCUCCAUGCAGCCCAUCACGCGCCCACCUCAGUCAUCCUACCAGACUCCACCGUCACUGCCAAACCACAUCUCCAGGGCACCCAGCCCCGCCUCCUUCCAGCGCUCCCUGGAGAGCCGCAUGUCUCCAAGCAAGUCUCCCUUCCUGCCUGCCAUGAAGAUGCAGAAGGUCAUGCCCACAGUCCCCACAUCCCAGGUCUCGGGGCCGCCCCCUCAGCCGCCGCCAAUCAGAAGGGAGAUCACCUUCCCUCCUGGCUCCGUGGAAGCAUCACAGCCAGUUCUGAAACAAAGGCGAAAGAUUACCUCAAAAGAUAUUGUCACUCCUGAGGCGUGGCGUGUCAUGAUGUCCCUUAAGUCGGGUCUGUUGGCUGAGAGCACGUGGGCUUUGGACACCAUCAACAUUCUCCUCUAUGACGACAGCACUGUCGCCACCUUCAAUCUGUCCCAGCUUUCUGGAUUCCUGGAACUAUUAGUAGAAUACUUUCGAAAAUGUCUCAUUGACAUUUUUGGAAUUCUUAUGGAAUAUGAAGUGGGCGACCCCAGCCACAAAGCGCUUGAUCACCAUGCGGGGAAGAAAGAUGGCAGCCAGUCUUCUGGAGACGACUCUGGGAAAGAGGAAGACGAUGCUGAGUGUCUUGAUGAGGAGGAGGAGGAGGAGGAAGAUGAGGAAGACAACGAAAAGAUUGAGUCAGAGGGGAAGAGCAGAGCUGCCCCUGCUGCUCCAGAUGCCACCGCGGACCCCAAGGAGACACCAAAGCAGGCCAGUAAGUUUGACAAGCUACCCAUAAAGAUUGUCAAAAAGAACAACCUGUUUGUGGUGGACCGGUCGGACAAGCUGGGCCGCGUGCAAGAGUUCAACAGCGGACUCCUGCACUGGCAACUGGGGGGCGGAGACACGACUGAGCACAUCCAGACCCACUUCGAGAGCAAGAUGGAGAUCCCUCCUCGCAGGCGUCCACCUCCACUUCCAAGUUCCAUGGGUAGGAAGAAAGAGCCAGAUGGCAAAGGUGAUUCUGAAGAGCAGCCAGAAAAAAGCAUCAUUGCCACCAUAGAUGAUGUCCUCUCUGCCCGUCCAGGGGCCCUGCCUGAAGACGCCAACCCUGGACCCCAAACCGACAGUGGCAAGUUUCCCUUGGGAAUCCAGCAGGCAAAAAGCCACCGGAACAUCCGGCUCCUGGAGGACGAGCCCAGGAGCCGGGACGAGACGCCACUGUGCACCAUCGCACACUGGCAGGACUCACUGGCCAAGCGCUGUAUCUGUGUGUCCAACAUCGUGCGGAGCUUGUCUUUCGUGCCUGGCAAUGACGCAGAGAUGUCCAAACACCCAGGCUUGGUGCUGAUCCUGGGAAAGCUGAUUCUGCUGCACCACGAGCAUCCGGAGAGAAAGCGGGCACCACAAACCUACGAGAAGGAGGAGGAUGAGGACAAGGGGGUGGCCUGCAGCAAAGAUGAGUGGUGGUGGGACUGCCUUGAGGUCUUGCGGGAUAACACACUGGUCACGUUGGCCAACAUUUCCGGGCAGCUAGACUUGUCUGCCUACACAGAGAGCAUCUGCUUACCCAUCCUGGACGGCUUGCUGCACUGGAUGGUGUGCCCGUCUGCGGAGGCACAGGACCCCUUUCCCACCGUGGGGCCCAACUCAGUCCUGUCGCCGCAGAGACUUGUGCUGGAGACCCUCUGUAAACUCAGUAUCCAGGACAACAACGUGGACCUGAUCUUGGCCACACCUCCAUUUAGUCGGCAGGAGAAAUUUUAUGCUACGUUAGUUAGGUACGUUGGGGAUCGCAAAAACCCAGUCUGUCGAGAAAUGUCCAUGGCGCUUUUAUCGAACCUUGCCCAAGGGGACGCACUGGCGGCGAGGGCAAUCGCUGUGCAGAAAGGAAGCAUUGGAAACUUGAUAAGCUUCCUGGAGGACGGGGUCACGAUGGCACAGUACCAGCAGAGCCAGCAUAACCUCAUGCACAUGCAGCCCCCACCUCUGGAACCCCCUAGUGUAGACAUGAUGUGCAGGGCGGCCAAGGCUUUGCUGGCCAUGGCCAGAGUGGACGAAAACCGCUCGGAAUUCCUUUUGCACGAGGGUCGGCUGCUGGAUAUCUCGAUAUCAGCUGUCCUAAACUCUCUGGUUGCAUCUGUCAUCUGUGAUGUACUGUUUCAGAUUGGGCAGUUAUGACACACGUGAGAAGGCACGCAUGUGUGAGUGAAGAUAGAGGGUCACAUAUAACUGGCUGUUUUCUGUUCUCGUUUAUCCAGCGUAGGAAGAAGGAAAAGAAAAAUCUUUGCUCCUCUGCCCCAUUCACUAUUUACCAAUUGGGAAUUAAAGAAAUCAUUAAUUUGAACAGUUAUAAAAUUAAUAUUUGCUGUCUGUGUGUAUAAGUACAUCCUUUGGGGGUUUUCCAUUUCUUUUUCUUUUUUUUUUUUAACCAAAAUUGCUGUCUAGUGCAUUCAAAAGUCACUUUUUUCAUAAAUUUCCUACCCUCCCACCCCCCACGUUGUAUUGCAGUUUGGGGGAAGUGAAUUGACAUUAAAGAAAAAAAGCUUUAGCAAAAAAAAUGAAAAAAAAAAAGCUAAGAUAUGAAAAUUUUAUCACACUGAGGCAAAAAGGUGAAAGGAAAAUUUAUCCUUGAAUUGAUUUCCUAUGAAUUUUAUUCUUCACAGAAUGAAAAGCAAAACUGCAUCCCGUCACCCAAAGCUCUGUGCAGUAGAAACUUGUAGAGGUUCAGGUACAGGGGCUUGAGGAGGUGAGGCAGUCAGUAGUCAGGACUCUGCGAGAUACUGCUUUCUCCACAGGAAAUGGGUAUAUUAGGCCAUGAGCAAAAAACUUAAAACUUAAAAAAAAAAGGCUCUUUGAGUUCGGAGUGAAAGUGUGCUCCUAACAACAACAGUGGAGUUGCCUCCUCACCACUGCCGCCAUGGACGGGACAGUCCACGGGACAGCUCUUCACAAUUCCUUUCGUCAUUUUUAAAUAUUUUUUUACUGCCUAUGGGCUGUGAUGUAUAUAGAAGUUGUACAUUAAACAUACCCUCAUUUUUUUCUUUUCUUUUCUUUUUUUUUUUUAGUACAAAGUUUUUAGUUUCUUUUUCAUGAUGUGGUAACUACAAAGUGAUGGUAGAUUUAAAUAAUUUUUUAUUUUUAUUUUAUAUAUUUUUUCAUUAGGACCAUAUCUCCAACAAAAUGAAACAAAAAAUACAAAAAACAAAAACAAAAAAAAAAAAGAGGGUAAUGUACAAGUUUCUGUAUGUAUAAAGUCAUGCUCUGUUGGGAGAGCGGCUGGUUCCAAUUUGCUUCAUGAAUCAAGGUGUGGAAAUGGUUGCAUAUGGAUUGAUUUAGAAAAUGGAUACCAAUACAGACAAAAAAAGAAAAAAGAAAGAAAAAACAACUAAAAGGAAGAAACACAACUUCAAAGAUUUUUCUGUGACAAGAAUCCACAUUUGUAUUUCAAGAUAAUGUAGUUUAAGAAAAGAAAAAAAAAAGAAAAAAAACUUGAUGUAAAUUCCUCCUUUUCCUCUGGCUUAAUGAAUAUCAUUUAUUCAGUAUAAAAUCUUUAUAUGUCCCACAUGUUAAGAAUAAAUGUACAUUAAAUCUUGUUAAGCACUGUGA